AGUAUUAGUGCUCAAUGAGGUCGACAAACUCUCAAGAGAAGCUCAACACUCUCUCCGAAGAACAAUGGAAAAAUAUAGUGCCUCGUGCCGCCUGAUUCUAUGCUGCAACAGUUCUUCAAAGGUUACUGAAGCAGUCCGUUCUCGCUGUCUGAAUGUGCGAGUAAAUGCACCGACAAAAGAAGAGAUUGUUAAGGUGCUUGAAUUUAUUGGCAAGAAAGAAGGACUGCAACUUCCGUCUGAAUUUGCUGCACGUAUAGCAGAAAAAUCAAAUCGAAGUUUAAGGAGGGCUAUAUUGUCAUUUGAGACAUGCCGUGUCCAACAGUAUCCUUUUACAAAUAACCAAGCAAUACAAGCCAUGGAUUGGGAGGAAUAUGUUUCAGAAAUAGCAUCAGACAUAAUGAAGGAGCAAAGCCCCAAAAGAUUGUUCCAGGUUCGAGGGAAAAUAUAUGAGCUACUCAUUAAUUGUAUUCCCCCGGAAGUAGUUUUGAAGAGGUUACUUUUUGAACUGUUGAAGAAAUUGGAUUCUGAAUUGAAGCAUGAGAUCUGUCAUUGGGCUGCAUACUUUGAACAUAGGAUGCAUCUUGGACAAAAAGCCAUAUUUCACAUUGAAGGUACUGUAGGUUAUUUUCAUUGGAUUGCCACAUAAAAUCAUACAUGAUGCUUAAUUACUUGUCAAUUCAAUGAACUUUAGGGGGCACAUUUCUAUAGACUGGAUAAUCAAUCAUCUAUGCUAGCUCAAUCACCAUAUAACAUCCCUGAAAAUCCAUGUAGCGGAAAAAUUAAGAAAAGAAUGUACUUUCUAUCUACCGACCCUCACAAAGUUCACCAAAUUUCAUCCGCAUUAUGUAGUGAAUAUGCAUGUAAAACACAUUUGAACAACUCCAUACUGUUUCAAUGAUAAAAAUCAUUAUAAGAAAACAAAAUACAGAUCCGCAGCUCUGUUAUAAGUUACUUCUUCAUUGUCUGGCGCCUAUUUUGUUCAAAUAUUCUUAGUGCCGUUGUCUACUUCUUAGAUCAAUUACAUGAUCGUCUAAUCUUUGUUAUAAGCUACUUCUUCAAUUGAAGCACAAGAACUUAAAUUACUCAUAAUUUAUUCUGUAUGUUCAUGUAUGGCCUUCAUAUUUACCUUUGGCAACUCAUUUAUUUGAUUGUGUUUCACAAUGGUAGCUAGCUAAGCAAAUCUAGUAAGCUUGAUAAGAUAAAAUAACCUUCCAUAGUUGGGGCGACAAAGGGAAAGAUGGUCAAGAUUACGGAGAGAAGUCGUUUUGCGAGCUUUUGCAUUGGUAUAGAGCUGGGUAGUGUAGAGUGGCCAGGAAGUUCAAUGCAAGAGGUUGCCCAGUGGUGUCAAUCUGGAUUUUUUUUUUCCAGAAAAUUAAGAGGUAAAUCUUGUCGUCUUUCAUUGGAGAAGUCUGCUAGUAGGAAUGGAAUUUUUUUCCCAAUUGUAAAAGUUCAGAAUACUG